UAAGCGAGCGUCAGUUUCGCUGCAUCCCACACCGCUGUCAAUUUGCGCGUUAUGUGGGGUGGAUUUAUCAUUCUGUGCAAUGCAGUUUAGAACUACGGUUCCAAUUUGCCCGGUAAAAUCGGACUUGUAGGCUCCGGGAGAGCUAUAUUAAAAGUACUAAACAUAACAUGGCAUCGGACAGAAUUUGCCAUGCCUUCGCACCAUCACAAACCAGUUGAGUUCCGAACAGAGAUCUACACGGAAGCCUGAAGAAAGUGGGGUUGGGCAGCCAUGGACCUGUUCAGCCAGCUGAUCCUAGUCAUCUUGGUCACCAGUUUCCUCUCCUUCCAGUGGCUCUUCCACCGGGUCAGUCCCUGGGUCUCCCCCCGCGCCAGUUCUGGCUUCCUACGCCUAGCAGACCAGCAGAAAGUGGAAUGGAACUCAAGGACGGUGUCCACACUCCAUGCCCUGGUAGUGGGGUUCUUUUGCCUCUACAUCCUGCUGUUUGACGACGCCGUCAAUGAAGACCCCGUCUGGGGAGAUCCCACACUUGUGAAGAUAAAUGUUGGCAUGACAACAGGCUACCUCAUAUCUGAUCUGCUGAUAAUAUUUUACUAUUGGAAGGCGAUAGGCGACAAGUUCUUUGUAGUGCAUCACCUGGCUGCACUGUAUGCUUACUACUAUGUACUGGGACAAGGGAUGUUGCCUUAUUUUGCUAACUUCCGUCUGCUUGCAGAGUUCUCCACGCCGUGUGUUAACCAGCGCUGGUUCUUUGAAGUGUUAGGUUACCCCAAGUCCUCCAAGCCCAACAUCGCUAACGGGAUGGCAAUGGCCCUGGUCUUCUUCCUGGUUCGCAUCGCCGUCAUGCCCCUCUACUACAGCCGCAUGUGGUCCGUGUACGGCACCGAAGCCUUCUACCGCGUCCCGCCAGAAGGCCGCGCCGCCUGGAUCAUCUCCAGCGUCUCGCUGGAUGUCAUGAACGUCAUGUGGAUGCACAAGAUCGCCCGCGGCUGCUACAAGGUCAUGUGCUCGGCCCGACGGCACAACGUGGAGACACGAGAGAAUGGAAAGACUGACUAA